AUGCUUUCGCUCCAUCUGAUCAUUCUUUCGCUGGUAACUUUAGCUUUUGGCAAGACGGACAAUCGGUAUUAUCCAUGUGCGUCGAAUGAUAUAGAAUUUUCACCAGAGGUGAAAUCAUAUUGGGAGAAAGAAGACUCUGGUAAAAAUAUUAAACUACAAAAAAGAAGCAACAAUACCGUGUUUGAAUAUGAUAAUGAAAAAGUGUACGGGGUUAAUCUUGGAGGAUGGUUAGUUACGGAGCCAUACAUUACCCCAAGCCUCUAUGAGAAUGCAUUAAGUGAUGGAGAAACAGAUGAUGAUAUUCCUGUCGACGAGUACCAUUAUUGCAAAAAAUUGGGAACCAAAGAGUGUGAAUCGAGAUUGCAAGAUCAUUGGGCAACAUUUGUUAAUGAAACAGAUUUCAAGCAAAUCAAGAAUUGGGGAUUUAACACAGUUCGUCUUCCAAUCGGCUACUGGGCAUUUGCUCAUAGAAAGCAGGAUCCGUUUUGCUUCGGGCAGGAGGAAUACCUGCAGAAGACAAUUGAAUGGUGUCGUAAGUAUGGCUUACAUGUCUGGGUGGAUCUUCAUGGAAUGCCUGGCUCUCAAAAUGGAUUCGAUAACUCCGGUUUAAGGGGGGAUGCCAACUGGUUGAAUGUCACCAGUAAUUUCGAGCUUGGAAAUGAGGUCUUGUAUUACAUUCAAGAUAGAUAUGGAAAAGAGGAAUUCAAUGAUGUCAUUUCUGGAAUCGAAAACGUGAACGAGCCCAUUGGUCCCAAGAUUAGUAUGCGUAAGUUAAAGAAAUUUGAUAAGAAUUCAUAUUCCCAGCAGAGAGCGACAGGAAGCGAUAACUAUUUCAUAUAUCAUGAUGCAUUCAUGAGCACAGGAUACUGGGACGAUAUCUUUGAAAAUGGAGCAUCCAUAACUGGCCAUACCAACUUCACAUACAACAAUUACACCUCUUCUCCAUCCUUUAAGAAUCUUACCGACAACCAGAAAUCAACAUAUUAUAACGGCACAAUCUAUAACUCAGUGCUAGAUCAUCACAGGUACGAAGUUUUCAGUGUAGGAUCAUUAAGUUUGAAUCUUACUGGUCACAUCUCAAGCUUGGAGUCAUUUACCUCUGGCGUUAUGAACGAAAGUGCACCGGUCAAAAUUAUUGGAGAGUGGGCAGCAGCUUUGACUGACUGUGCAAAGUGGUUGAACGGUGUUGGAACGGAAUCCAGGUACGAAGGAAAGUUUUCAUCAGAUACGGUGAUUGGAAAAUGUACAUACAGUAAUGAUUAUUCGAAGAUGUCAACACAGAACAAGACCGACACGAGAAAAUUGGUCGAAGCACAAUUAGACCUCUUCAACAAGACGAACGGAUUUAUAUUCUGGUGUUACAAAACCGAAAACGCGAUAGAAUUUGAUCUCUCAAAGUUGAUAGAACACGAUCUCUUCCCACAGCCUUUAAGCGAAAGAAAAUACCCAAACGUGCUCAAGAGUUCGGCCAGUGUAAUUACAAUCAGGAUGGGUAAAUUAUUAACAUUAGAAGUUGCUCUAGGUGCAUUAGUGGUCCUUUUAACAAUGUGA